GUGCACCGACGCAAACUCGGGAUGAGAUGGACUUCGUCUGCAUCGAAGCAGACAAAUGGAAAGCAAGCAUCGGAGCCGGAGGAGGAGCAAUUGCUAGGCGGAAGGAAAGCAAGAGAAAUUCGCCUUCGGUCAGAGAGUCCUCCCAGACGCGAAGAGGCGCUAUCGAGGCGAGCGUGGGCCUAGCUUGGCGAGCAACCGGCCUCUUCCGCUUCCUGCUGUGCUGGACACGGCAUGGGUAAGAUUCCCUUGCGACCAGGCGAUGCUUCUGCAUGAACGCCGCUGCGCUUCCAUCGGUGGAGGAAGAGAAAUUGAUCAGGCCGCUGGAGUUUGGAGGGAAAGCGGGUGGCGUGUAGCCAACAAUCUGGAGAGCCUUGCAGCUUCCCGUGGGUUCGAGACAGCAGCCCCUCCCUGAAGUGAAGCUGUUGGCAGGACUUGAUUUCCAAAGUGUAAGCACACCAAAAUGUCUGUUCUGCGGGGGAAAGGAUCAGCCCGCAAAUCCAAACAAAGUGUGAAAACAUCUUUCAACAACCCAUAUAUUCCACAAUGGUGUACACUGCCAGGAGAGGAUAUGCAUUUUGUCUUGCAGGCCUUGGAAGAAGUCAUGAAGCAGAUUGGAUUUAAAAAGAUAGAGGAUCGGAAGAGAAUGAAAAGCACUUCCAGAAAAAGGCAAAAAGAGGAAGAGUAUUGCAAUCUUCCGAGCAAAUUUCACAAAGACAAAGAGGCUGAUGACCCAAAAGCACGUGGGUGGUCCGAUGUGCAAAUCAGGAACCAGCUUGCUAUUGGGAUCAAUGAAGUAACUAGAGCUUUAGAAAAAAAUGAAUUGUGUCUUGUACUGGUAUGCAAAUCUGCCAAACCUGCCUUGCUAACAUCUCAUCUGAUUCCACUCAGUGCAAGUAGAGCUAUCCCAGCUGGGCAAGUUCCACGUCUCAGCGAAACAUUAGCCCCAGUGCUUGGACUAACAUCUGUGCUGGCCUUGGGGUUUAAAAGAACAGCUGAUGUGUUUGCAAAGGUACUUGAGGUAAUUAUUCCACGAAUUCCUAAUUUAGAUCUGCCAUGGAUGCAGCAUGGAAUUGAACCACUUUUAAUCAAUGAUACUGUUAUGACUGUUUCAGCUGCCGAAUCCACUGAUUCUACCCCAGUAGUGAGCUCUCUUAGUCACAAGCGGAAACUAGCAGGUAACAGCCCACUUGCUUCCCCUACCAUAGCUCUGCAGACACUUAAAGUUAAAAAUGUAGUUCCCAAUCCAAAAAAAUGCCGCAAGCUUCCCAAAACUAAAAAACGUAUUUCAAAGCAACAUUGAGAUUUCUACCCUACAUUUUUGAUUUCCAUCUGCCUAAGUUAUGAUGUAUGUCAUAUCACUGAAUAAAAGCAUUUUUUUCCAAAUUAGUUUUGCAUUUUUUUAAAAAAAGCUGUAUCCAUCUAGAAGAGGGUGCUUAACCAAUGAAUGCCUAACAAAAAUUCCUUUUCUUCCAUUCUAUUAUCUCUUCCCCUUAUUUUUUUUCAUUUUUCAUUUUAUACUUUUCUUCUGCUUUCCCUUAACCAAUUUCCAGCCAGUGAAUUUCUUCUGCUGCUAGAAGAAUCAAGGAGAAUAUGUUCAUGUACACCAGCAGAAAAAUAUUUUAUAUAAAUUAUUAUAUAAAUAGCCUAUUAUUCCAGAUGAUUUUUAUUAAGAUUAUGAAUUCAAUAAAUAUAACUUUUUUAUCCUGAC